AUUUGAUAUUUACUCUAGUCCUAAUAGUGAUUAAGCAAACUACUCACAGAAUUUUCCCCGAAGCACUUUAUAACUAAUAUUUUACUCCUUGUGAGCUCUUGAAAGAUUGACGAAACAAUCCUCAAGGAAAGAUUCGAAGAAAAUAAUAAUUAUUCAAUUUUACCCUAAAAAGUCAAUGUUAGCUAAAUUAGUAAUAUUGGAUUCUAGAUGAUCUUAGAGUCCUGUUCAAACGUAUACGUAACGGUGAGUUUCUCAACUCCGUCUAAUUUGUUUUGUUGUAUUUAUCGACAUGCCUUUCAUAUUUUAGAUUGUCGUAUUCGUAGACAAAAUUCAUACUCAGCUCAGGCUUUGACCAGUAGAAUUGUAGUCCCUGGGGACCUUAUAUCCGCUUUAGACGUCAAUAAGAAAAGUGGGUCGUCGACGUACUGUUGCUCGGGGAAUAUACUGUCAAGUGCAUUUGGAUAUGUCAAGGAGGAAUCACAUACGGACGGAUCAAAAACAUUUUCAGUUGUGCCGUUGAAAACUUCUGGCAUAGUUCCUUACACCGGGUCAGUUGUGUUGGCCAAAGUUUCUAGUAUUACACGAAGAUUUGUUCGCUGCGAUAUCGUCGCGAUUGGAGAAGUUUGCCUUGCCGGACCAUUCAAAGGUCUCAUAAGACGUGAAGAUAUUCGUGCUACGCAACGCGAUCAAGCAGAACCAGGCUGUUGUUUUAGACCAGGAGAUAUUGUUCGAGCUCGUGUAAUUAAUCUCUUGGGUCCUGGAGCAUAUACCAACACUGGUUCCUUUAUGUCUAGCACUUCACCACAGACGUUAUCCACUUUGUUAACUACUCAGGCUAUAUCCUGUUCAGUGGCGGCCACCAAUGAUGCAAACAUAAGCGGCUCCAAUUCUGUUUGUCUUCUAUCUACUGCUGAGCCUGAUUUAGGCGUGGUCCUUGGUCUUGGAAGGUCUCCUGAUAACAGCUUUCUCGAACUUCUUGGCAGUACAAGUGGCUCUCCCCUUGUUCCUGUUGGAUGGACUGAGAUGCUAUGUCCUCACACACUUACUCGAUACCCUCGAAAAGUUGCUCGUGUGCCAGAUGAACUUAUUACUCAGUUGAUUUGUGCUCAAAUUGAAUAAAUUAUUUCAUAUAAAAUUUGUUCUGCUUAUAUGAAUAAUUUUGUGUGCCAAUUUCUUAAGUUAUUUGUUCGUAAUACAGCUCUUAGAUGUUUUGGAAAAUCUGUCUUGUUGUCUUAUCCAUUAUCUUACUCCUAAUCAGAAGCACACUAUAAAUAUUUACGCGCUAUCCAUUUAUGUCCUGCUUUUGUCUGAGGUGGAUAUUCUUUGUAUUACUGAACCUUGGAACUUUCAAACAAUCAAAUCCAUUGUUCUAUUAAUUGCUCGCAAACCAGGUUAACUUGGUGGAAUAUUUACAAAAGUAUUACUUGUUAGUUGUCUAUUGUAGCAAUAAUUACCAAUCUUCAAUAAAUAAAUAAUACAGACGCUAUAGUGUAGAUCAUGAUUCGAAGUAAUAUCAGUCUAAAUUACUAUACCUUUCAACUAUACAUUUAAAAUGGACUCAAGAACAUGAGAACAAACAAGAGAAGCUGUAUCCUUUCACCCUAGCUACUACAGUUCUAAGUUUGGAGUGCGUUUAAUCAUUUUUG